CUUAUCUGUUUAUUGAUAGUGUACGUUUAUAUACGCAUUCAAUACACAAAUACAGUAGCAUUUUUUUGCUUGAUUAUUCUAGACGAUGAAUGGAGACCGAGGGUUGUAGGUUGUUGUAAAGUGGUAUGACCAACUGAUUUGGACGACCUUGUAUGGUCGACCGUAACAAGUGGCGGGUCAUUACAUCUUGCAUUCAUGAUUCUUUGGGCAAGGUGUCUGGGUAAAAGUAACGUCUUUCCACUAACAUUUCCCUGCAGAUGUAACGCCAAUCGGGCAGUUUUAUGCCGUACCAAACGACGAAUAUAUGGACGUACAUAUCCAGUUAGCUUAGUUUAUCCUAACGGUGGUUCGAUCCGUAUUAGAUUUCAUGAGCCUCGAAUAAUACUUCAGAUCCCCCCAGAUUUAAAUGACUGUUCUCCAGAAGAAAGACAGAAACGUCUUCUUAGACGCGCUCCUCAAUCAAGGUUGACUUUGCAAGAACAAAUAGAAGACACUUUUGACCAAGAAGCUUACAGUUUUCUGUUGAAGAAAAAUUGAUUCCUCACUCCCUGUACAUAAACUUCAAUUUUAGUAAUAAAUAAUAUUGAUUU